AUGGCACACCAACUCUUAUGCUGCGAGGUGGAGACCAUCCGCCGGGCGUACCCCGAUGCCAACCUCCUCAACGACCGGGUGCUGCGGGCCAUGCUCAAGGCGGAGGAGACCUGCGCGCCCUCCGUAUCCUACUUCAAAUGUGUGCAGAAGGAGAUCCUGCCGUCCAUGCGGAAGAUCGUGGCCACCUGGAUGCUGGAGGUCUGCGAGGAGCAGAAGUGCGAGGAGGAGGUCUUCCCGCUGGCCAUGAACUACCUGGACCGCUUCCUGUCGCUGGAGCCCGUGAAAAAGAGCCGCCUGCAGCUGCUGGGGGCCACCUGCAUGUUCGUGGCCUCGAAGAUGAAGGAGACCAUCCCCCUGACGGCCGAGAAGCUGUGCAUCUACACUGACAACUCCAUCCGGCCUGACGAGCUGCUGCAAAUGGAGCUGCUCCUGGUGAACAAGCUCAAGUGGAACCUGGCCGCGGUGACCCCGCACGACUUCAUCGAACACUUCCUGUCCAAGAUGCCCGCGGCCGAGGAGAAUAGACAGAUCAUUCGCAAGCACGCGCAGACCUUCGUCGCCCUCUGUGCCACAGACGUGAAGUUCAUUUCCAACCCACCGUCCAUGGUGGCAGCCGGGAGCGUGGUGGCCGCCGUGCAAGGCCUGCACCUUGGAGGUUCCAACAGCUUCCUGUCCUGCCAUCGCCUCACUCGGUUCCUCUCCAAAGUGAUCAAGUGUGACGCGGACUGUCUCCGCGCGUGCCAGGAGCAGAUCGAAGCUCUGUUGGAGUCCAGCCUGCGCCAGGCCCAGCAGCAGAGCCUGGACCCCAAGGCAGCGGAGGAAGAGGAGGAAGAGGAGGAGGCCGACCUGGCCUGCACGCCCACCGACGUGCGAGAUGUGAACAUUUGAGGAGGCGCGCGGCGCGGGAGGGGCCGGCCCCUGGUGCUGCCCUGACAGGACCGGGCUCCUCGGCAGGACCGGCUACCACCAGAAGGGAAAAAGCUUCUUUCUCCUUUCCUGGCGUUUUUCCCUCUGCUCUUUUUCUCUCCCAUCUCUGACUGAAACAAAAGAAAA